AUGCAGACCAUGCCGCCGCGAGCAUCGCUAACCAGCUCCUUCUCGGUCACCGACGUCAAUAAUGAAGUGGUGUGUCCGUUGAAGAAUAACGAUGGCUCCAAUUGCCGGAAGAGAUGUCUGGGUGAGAAGCGCUAUCGCUCCAUGCAGGAGCACAUCCGGAGAGCCCACCCGAACCACUACAUUCCGAAGCUCCCGGCGACCGAGGAGAGCUUCAUCUUGAUGGUGACCACCCCUCCAGACCAACGGGCCCAUCUAUCUCCCUCGACUCAAGCUCCAUCUCGGCGACGCAAUGAAGUUGCUGAUCGGGAUAUCUACGUUGCUGACGCUAGCUCUCCGGCAACCCCGCGGGGCAUUGACGAGACUCACCCCGCGGCUGCGACCGCCGCCGUCGCAUUGGCGCAAUUGCACCACAACCGUCUAGCUUCCGACUGGGAUACGGACAUGGAGACUCACUCGGACAAUGACCGAGACCGCCUGCGAUCCGUUGAACUGCCUUCCCUGAGGGAGCAUUUCAAGCAGGAGGCUUCGCUGCCUCCAUUCUCAUCCCCUCGUCCUCGCGAGCUUCUUCCGUCCAUUUUGACUCACUCCCCGCCCGGUCGCUCUUCCACCCUGCCUCCCAUCCAGCAUAGAGACAAGCUUCCUCGUCCUCGCAAGUCGUCCAUUUCUAGAGCUAGAAAACCGAAGCAUGAGCGGACUAGAUCCAAGGAAUACGGCCGACGCCCUAGUCUGGGCGAUCGGAAGGCGCUUUCUGCAGAACCACAGACUGCCGCAUGGGCUCAAGGCAAGCGCUGGGAAGAUUUGAUCGAGGCAGCUACCUCGGCCACGGAAGCGGAUGACGAUCAUAACUCGGAUGUUGGUCGGUCGCCCACAAUGCCCCCAUUGAUCUCCAAUAUCACUUCGGCGCCUUCGGUCGGCAAUCACCGGUCAUCGUUACCACCGGCUUUUCAACCCUCACCAGGACUGCCGCCACCGACCUCUCAUCGGCCUUUCCCUCCUCACGCCUAUGCGGCGUCACCGCUGCACAAAUCUUUGACGCCGCCGCCAUUUGAUACCGCACGCAGUCGCGACAGUGAUUUGGAGCCAUUUCCCUCCAUUGAGUCCUCGCUAGAUUCGGCAUCGACGGCGUCAGGGAAGACCUACGCUUUCUCGAGUCACAUGAGCACAUCCAACAACGAGUCUAGCCCAGUAUUGAACAUGUAUCCUUCUUCUGCGUCUCAGCGCCAACAUCAUCGGUUUUCAAACCCCACCCCGGCGUCAUACCGCAACAGAGAGAUACAAAUCUAUUGUGCCAGUUGCAAACGCCCGUGGCCUCUGAAUGAAUGCUACGCCUGCACGGAGUGCAUCUGCGGUGUGUGUCGAGAGUGUGUCGGAUUGUUCAUCAGCAGUCCGCCUGCCUCCUUUAGGAAUGUGACGUCGAGUCCGGGCAGCGCGAUGUCGCAUGGACCAACAAGCUAUCCCAGUCCCCGAGGCUGCCCUCGCUGCCGCACCGUGGGUGGAAAAUGGAAAGCUUUCCAGCUCGACUUCAGGUGA